CUGGAGGAUCGGUGGAAAGGAGUUCGCUCCCCAGUUGGCAGUUCAUUUAAACUGGUGUGGCAGAGGGGACAAAACACCGAUGAGAAAUGUAAACAUCGUCAAUGUGAUUAUCCACGUCUGUCUACAGUCCCCUACAAUGUGCAGGGAGGUCUCAGCAGUCCUCUGUACCCUCCCUCUCUUCCACCUUUUGACCAAGGAGGAGAGCUUCUUCAUGAAUAGUCUUUGGUGAAUCAGAGCCUGGGGUGAUCUGCCUUUAGAGGGGGGAUUGCCCCAGACCAUCCACGUGCACCAGCAAGGAGCAAUAAUGUCACAGAUAAGCCACCCCCCACCACCUUUUUGACCACCACUGGCAAGGACUGCAGAGACAGCUUUGGAGAAGAAUGACAGGGGAAAGGAGUGAGUGCUCUGAAUGUUGACAUUCAAAUCUUCUGCUGUCACUCUGGGAUUCCCUACCAUGUAAUUUUGCUGGCCUUUCUCUUCCUGCUGAUGUUUUCUAUGGCUUGAGAAAGAUUCUCCGUCUCCAUCACAGGACUUUCUCUUGAGGGAAAAACACUUAGCCUGCACAGUUUACUGGAAACUCUGUGAGAGUAGGCAUAGAUGGUCACCAGUUGUGGUGACCUGAUGUAUCCUGCAGCUUGGAGAAGUGACGGACGCCAUAUUUAAGCAGAGUGAGAGGAGUUUGCUUGGCCAGUGCACCAAAACAUGCCAGAACUCUGGGCCCGUGUUCACAAAGCAUAUUUUCUAACCACUAAGAGUACUCCUAAAUCACGCUGAGUUUUUAAUUGAGUUUUUUCCUAAAACCAAUUCAGAAAGUGGCUGAGAACAACCUUUAGCUAGGAAAAGAGCCAACUCCUAAGCAGGUGGCUGUGGACCCACAGGGAACCAUGCCGGAGAUGGAGGCUCUCCCACGAGCUCUGCGGCGCCCAUGGCGCCGGCCCAACCCCGCCCAUAUCCAGAGGAACAUCCUGGAGGAGCAGGUGGAGCUCUGGUGGUUCAGAGAGCCUCGCAAGUCACUGCUGUGCUACUGCCUGUCGGUGGGCCUGAUUCUGGGCUGUGGCUUGGGUGGGGUGGGCCUGCUGUCCAGCACCACCAGCCCAGCCGGGGAGUGGCGCCUGGGUGCAGGGACAGCACUCUGCCUGCUUUCCCUGGCUGUGCUCCUGAAGCAGCUGCUAAGCUCUGCAGUGCAGGACAUGAACUGUGUGCGAAGUUGGCGUCGGAUUGAGCUCCUGAAAAGCGGCGGCCUGUCAGAUGUCCUGGUGGUGCUGCUCACUGGCCUGGCACUUCUCAUCUGUGGCCUGGUGUUGCUCCACCUGGCGCUGGCCAGUGGGUUCAGCCGCGCCCAGCCGCACCACAACGAUAUGUUCCUGUCUGGGGUGGUGCUGCUGGUCUUGGGGGGGGUCACAGUGCUGGCUGUGGCUGGAUACUACUUAUCUGCCACACUCCUGCGGAGGCAGACGUCCAGGCAGAGGCUACAGGGCAGGGCUCCCCGGGUCUUCACCAUCUCUGGCCAGAUGAGAGAAAGACAGCAGGAGACCACCUCCAGCAUGGCCAACCUCAUCUGAAGGACACUUCCACACUGACAGGUCAAAGGGAGUCUGAGCAACAUCAAUCAGCCUGGUUCCUGCAUCUUUCCAGGUUGCACACAUUCCUAACUGGGGAGCAAGUAGAGCAGGGUUCUUCAACUCUGGACCUCGAUUCCUAAUCCAGGCCGUGUUUUCAGUUCUCCCAGGUAGUUGUUUAAUAAUGACUGAUUCUGAUUGGUCAGAGGCUUCACACCUGACUGACAGGUAAAGGAAGGCUGGAAAACCAGCAGUGCUCGGACCUCGAGGACCGUGAGUUGAAUAACCCUGAAGCAGAGGAUACUUAGCAUGUUAUCAAUAAGUGGGGUGGUGAUGAGACAGCAGCUUCAUCUUUAUUUUAUAUAAUGAUGCAUCUACAAAGACCAUUAAACAGUCUUCAGUGCUGGCAUGUUGCUGUCAUGUCGCCUACUUAAUACUUCAAAUCAAAAUGAAAGAGUACAGAAACACAGCCUCCAGGGGCUCAGUGUAAUUCCUACAGUAGAAUGUAGGCUGUUUAGCAAAAAGCUGUCAUCUGUCACUUGCCCCCAGAAGCCGUGCUUUCUCGCCUGAAUCCCGUCUCUGUCGGGUCAGCUGGAAUGGUGCCCUCUUCAGGGUAAUCUGCUUGAGUCACGCAGACAGUCGAUGGGAGAGCAAGUCUGUGCUGGGGAACACUGCCACCCCCCCGCUACAUUUCAACAGUGUGUCCAUUGUCCAAGAGUCAGCUGUUGGUCCCUAACAGGACAAUGGGUACUUCAGGGUCCACUGUGACAUUCCACUGGGUAUCUCAAACGCAACAAACCAUAACGAAUGGAAUACCCACAAACAAAAGUGCCAUGCUGCAUGUACGAGCACUCAGAGAACAUAUGAAAUUGUGUCAUUGAAUGUAUAUGUCAAUGCCACAUGCAACAUUGUGAAUAAAUCAACGUGUUCCUGCGUU